UAUUAAAUAUUUAAUCCGUUUAUCGGAUAAUGCAGCAGUGACAAUUGAAAAUGUAUACAAACGGUCACGAAUAUAAUUUUUAUCAUCAGCUGAUUACAAAAAUUUAAGUGUAAUACAUUUAUUAUCAUGGACGGUUUAAAAAAGAGACUCGUACAGCAAUCAAGCGUCUGUUUCUCAUCUAUUGGUGAUUUAACAAUUGGAAAUCGCUACCCGAUCACCAAACUGUGCAACCAAGAUACUCAGUACGGUAGAACUGUACUGUGCACUUUAAUAGACAACAACGAUGGCGAUAAACUUAUCAAUGUGUACCUUCCUAAAUCAAUUAAACUUAAUAACGAUGAGAUUCUCGAGUUUAAUUCGAGGGUGGUAAAGAACUUGGCUUUGGUCUACAAAGGUCGCAAGGGGAGAGCGUUUGAUAUAACGUUUGAGUGAUCAAUUAAAAAAUAAAUUUUGAGUUUCUAUUAAUAUUAGAUAUAUUUUAAAUUAAUAAAUGGU